AUGGGGCGAGAGAAUGCCAGAAUGGGUGAGAUGGUUGAAGACAUGAAUGAAUUUGAAGAAAAUAAUAUUGAAAUCCGUAAAGCACAUGAGAAUACGUUAUCUCUCGGUGUCAGUUAUGCUUUAAAACGAAUGACAUUGGUUAAGGCAUCUCCCACUUGGAACAGGUCUGCUGAUAAAAAUCACAUCGAUGUUACGUCUAUUUAUACACCCACACCUGCAGGCUAUCGAUUGGUGUUUUUCGGUCUCAUAAUGUGCACGUGCACUCGUGCCGAUGACGACGAAAUUGAGACUAAAGAUAGUUCAGAUGAUGAAAGUGUGCUUGACGCAAUGGUAGAGCAUCUGCUUACUGAUCAAGACACUACGGAUGGUGAACGUUUGCUUGGCGCAGAGGAAGCGCAUCUGCUUACUGAUCAAGACAAUACGGGAGAAACCUCCAUGAAUCUUGCCAAUAGCCUUUCAGCGCAUGCCGUGCACACCAUAACAGAUGACGAUCGCAGCGAUGAUGAUAGAGAUGAAGAUGGUACCGAUGAUGGUAGAGAUGACGGUGGUAGCGAUGAUGAUAGAGGUGACGAUGUUAGCAAUUAUGGUAGCGAUGGCGAUAGUAGCGAUGGUGAUAACGAUGGCGAUAGUAGCGAUGACGAUAACGAUGACGAUGCUAGCGAUGAUGAUAGAGAUGACGAUGUUAGCAAUUGGGGUAGCGAUGAUGAUAACGAUGGCGAUAGUAGCGAUGGUGAUAACGAUGGCGAUAGUAGCGAUGAUGAUAACGAUGGCGAUAGUAGCGAUGGUGAUAACGAUGAACAUGACGAUCGCAGCGAUGAUGAUAGAGAUGAAGAUGGUACCGAUGAUGGUAGAGAUGACGGUGGUAGCGAUGAUGAUAGAGGUGACGAUGUUAGCAAUUAUGGUAGCGAUGGCGAUAGUAGCGAUGGUGAUAACGAUGGCAAUAGUAGCGAUGGUGAUAACGAUGACGGUGGUAGCGAUGAUGAUAGAGAUGACGAUGUUAGCAAUUGGGGUAGCGAUGAUGAUAACGAUGGCGAUAGUAGCGAUGGUGAUAACGAUGGCGAUAGUAGCGAUGAUGAUAACGAUGGCGAUAGUAGCGAUGGUGAUAACGAUGAACAUGACGAUCGCAGCGAUGAUGAUAGAGAUGAAGAUGGUACCGAUGAUGGUAGAGAUGACGGUGGUAGCGAUGAUGAUAGAGGUGACGAUGUUAGCAAUUAUGGUAGCGAUGGCGAUAGUAGCGAUGGUGAUAACGAUGGCAAUAGUAGCGAUGGUGAUAACGAUGACGGUGGUAGCGAUGAUGAUAGAGAUGACGAUGUUAACAAUGGGGGUAGCGAUGAUGAUAACGAUGGCGAUAGUAGCGAUGGUGAUAACGAUGGCGAUAGUAGCGAUGAUGAUAACGAUGGCGAUAGUAGCGAUGGUGAUAACAAUGAACAUGGUGAACGUUUCAUGGCGCACCGGGAAUACAAUAUUCUGGUUACCUUUCAUUUGGCGCACACUUCUACCUUCCGUAACAACGUCUAUUCGAACAUCGUCGACAACAACACCAACGCCGACGACGACGAGAACUACCACCACACAAGCAGCAACAACAACGACGAAAAGCACUCCCAGUGA